UUUUUUUUAUCUAUCUAUUAAAAAAUAAAUAUAUUUGCAAAUAUAAUAACUUUUGGCUUUUUUAUGUCUGAGUAAUAGCUGCCAGGUGAGAAUAAUUCUAAAAUUGCUUAGCUAUCUAUUUCGGAAAUUUAAGAAUAAUUUAAUCAUAAUGAUAAAGGUAAUAAUAAUUUUGCCUUGACCUAAAGCAUAUUUAGGGAUUUGUUUAGUCUAAAACCUGGAAAGCAGCAUAAAAAAAUGGACUAAAAUCAAUAGCUGUAACAAAAUGGAGAUUUUACUUAAUAAAAACAUAUGCAAAAAGAAGUCUUAUUUAAGUAAAGUAAGCAGAGUAAAGAUCUUAAAGAAUAAUAAUAAAAUGAGUAAAUAAAUUAAGAGGAUUUAGAAUAAAAAAAAGAAAUGUAGGAUUAAAACACAUAUUAUAAUUUGAAGAUCGAUAGUUUUAAAUUAAUUUCAUUAGAAUUUGCUUAAAUAAUUAGCGAUUUUGCUCAAUUUGUAGAAUUAAAAACAACAAAUAGUUUUAAAAAUAGUUCAGAAAUUUAUAUUCUUGGAUUUCAGAUCGUAUAUGCCUUAUUAUUUUAGAUUAGUAUACUUAUAUGGCUUAGAUACAUUAAAAAUAAAAAAUAUAGUGAGUAAAAAAUUAUAAGUUUUUACAACUAGCACUUUUUAAAAAGUUUCCUAAAUAAAUACAAUAUGUUAGUAUUAUCGUUUAUCAUAAUUUUGAAUAUAGUAAGAUUAGAAACAUUUUUGAUGAGAUUAGAUGAAAGAUUACCUAUGUUUGUCAUUACUUUUUUAGUUAAUUAACUAGUCCUUUUGCAAUUAAAUAGAGUAAUAUCUAAAAUUUUUACAGCUUGCUUUAAUACAUAUUUUUUUAUUCGAUAUAUGAUAGACUAUCACAAUUUUAUUUUCAUAUAUAUUAACUCUAUUUUAGCUAUUUUUGCAAUUAGUUGUGUGUUUUUCAAUUAAAUCAAAUAUUAAGCAAGUAUAAAGCAAUUAAAAGUUAAAAAAUAGGUUGUUAGUGAAUACUUUAAAUAAUUUUACCAUAACAUAGUUUCUAUGAUGCCUUAAGGAAUACUAAUUAUUGAUGAAUAGGAAUAACUAGUUUAUGCAAAUAAAACAACUAAAAAAAUAUUAUCAUGUAAAAAUAAAAACUAAAUUAUUGAUUCACUAAAGAAUUUGAUCAUUUAAGAUCCCUCUAAACUAUAAGCAGAUACUACCUAGCAUGAUGACUAAAGGACUUUAAAAGAUUUCAAAACUUUUAAGUCGUUUAAAUCACUCAAGUCUAGAAAACCACUAAAUAUAUAAUAUAGUAUGAAAUAAGAUUCCAAUAGCUACAAUUAAGGACCUGCUUCAGAGUCCGAAUCUUUUGUAAGUCAAUACUUUAUAGAUGGAUUUUAUCCUUCACCAGUUAAUGUAAAUCACUUAAAAUAAAUUAUUUAGCCAGUAAAAGAAAAAUAAAAUUAGUUUAACAUACUAAAUAUGUAUUGUAACAAUGCUCAAUAGCAAUAAAAUUCAGGUAGUAGCAAAAAUUAAAAUAGAAAUUCAUUAAGCUCUUAGUAAAAGUAGUAAUUAUAAUAGUAAUAGUAUUCCUUUACACCAGCUACAUUUGCUUAAACAGCUUAAACAGAAAAGCAAACACCUUCUACUUAAUUCUAAUUACUUUAGAGUAUUUAGAAAGGAAGCAAUCAAAGUAUUUUUAAUGAUUAAAAUCUUGUUAGCGGUGGUCUUAUAUCUAAAAUAACAACAUCUGUUGAAGGUCCUUCUAGCUAAUUUAUCUAAAACCAAAGGUAAACUUUUCAGAACAACUAAGUUACAAAUAAACACUUUUAGGGUCAAGAUUAUAAAAAUUAAAAUAGCAAUAAUGAGUUUAACUAAAUUUCAGAUAAGGAUAAUCAAAUCAAAUCAAAUAAAGAAAACGAUCCUAAAGAAACAACUACUUAAAAACCUUAAAAAGAUCAUCCUUUUAGAUAUAUACAAUAAAGUAUUUAGCAAAACUAAAAAAAAUUUGAAAAUUUAUCUGUAAUGGAAGUAAUUUCAGUCCUGCUAAAAGAUUGUGUGAUGAAAUUAAAAAUGCAAGAUUUUUCAGAUAUGUAAUAAAGUUUUUAGCAAAAUUAGCAGGCUUAAAACUAAAUUAACUAAAAUUUUAAAGAACAUAAGCAUGAAGAAUUACCAAACUAGGAUAUUCCACAAAAUAUAAUAAAUAAUAAUCUGUAAUAGUCUUAGAAAUCUUCUGCUCAGAGAAACUAGAAAGAAUAGAUCAAUAAUAUUUUUAGCUUAUAAAGCAGUUAAAAAAAUCAAGAUAGUGGCGGCACAAUUCCAAAACUGCACAAAUAAAGCAUAGAUUUAUUUUAAAAUAGCUUAUAUAACAACCCAAGUACUUUUCGCUAAAAUAUAUCAAGUCAGUACAAUACAUCUCUAAAAAAUAAUACUGAAAUAGCAUAAAAUUCUCUAAGUGUUAGAGUUCAAGUGAAAGAAAGAUUGAUCGAAAUAACUUUUAUCCAAUGUGAGGCAAAACUAUUCCAAAUUUAAAAGGCCAGUCAACAAAAUAACCAAAAUAUGAAUCAAUCUGUAUAAAAAUCUGUCUAAAGUGAAAAAGAAACAAGCCACUAGCUAAAUACUAAUUACCCAAAUUCGACAGCUAUUAUACUUGUAUUUCUAGAAGAUAUUACAUAAGAAGUGUAUAUUAAACGUCUGGAAGAAUUAAAUAACUAUAAAAUUAAAAUGCUAAGCUCUAUUUCUCAUGAGUUAAAAACUCCGCUCAACUGCUGUAUGGGAAUGCUUGAUGAUGUGCUUAAUUUAAUCAGUAAUGAAAAUUUUGGAGAUCUUGAAAUUUCUUAAAAAAUAAGAGAAUCCUUAGAACCUGCUUAACAGAGCAACUAGUUACUAUUAUAUAUGAUUAGAGAUUUGAUUGAUUUAGGAACUUUUGAGUUAGUAGAUAAUUUUAAAUUUGAAUUUUCGAAAUUUAAUUUAAAAAUGGUUCUUCAAAGCUGUGUAGAUAUAAUCAAAUACCAAAGCUAACUUAAAUUUAUUGAAAUUAAUUUAAUUUAUGACUAAAAUUUAGAUGAAAUGAUACUUUCUGACGAAAACAGAGUGAGAUCAAUAGUUGUAAAUUUUUUAACUAACUCUUUAAAAUUUACUCAAAGAAACGGAAAAAUCACAGUGAAAGCAGAAUUAACUGGUAACAACAAUGCAAAAAUUAGUGUCGAAGAUAAUGGAAUAGGAAUACCAUAAAAGAAAUUAUCAGAAAUAUUCAAAUUCUAUAAUAAAUCAGACAUGUUUAUCUCAAAAAAUCAAAUCACAUAAGGCAUAGGGAUAGGCCUUUCAGUAAGCUACAAGUUAGCUUAAGGACUAACCAUAGAAGAAUAUAAAAAUCAACCAAUAUAAGUAAAGUCAGAAGAAAAAAAAGGAUCGAUUUUCUGUUUUGUCUUAAAAAAUUAAGACAUUUAAUUGAUAGAUAAUUGUAAUAGAGAAAGUGAGAUAUUUGAUGAUUACUAAAAUAAAUAAGGAUAGAGUUAUUAUAGAAAAGGAGAAACAGAAUCACUUUCGCGCUUUGAAGAUUAGGAUAGAUCUUAAACAUUUACUAAUACGAAAUACACAUAGAAAUAUUAAUAAGAUAUUCCAGAAGAUUUCGAUUAAGAGAACGAUGAAGAUGAUGAUAACGGAGAUGAAUAAGAAGGAUAAAUAAAAGAACUAGGAGCAGGUAUUUUAACUUCUAAAAGUAAUGCAUAUCAAUAUUCUGGUAAAAAAUAAAAAAACAAAACCACACAAUAAAGCUUUUAUUAGUCUGAAAAUGUUUACGAUGAAGAUGAUUACAUUAACUCAGAAAUCUAUUUAAAAUUGUAGAAGAAACCUUAAACUCCCUUAUUUAGUAAGUACUUUUAAAAUGAUUUAGUUAACAUGCUCUAAGAUAUAGAGAGUUAAAAACAUGAAGAUAUAUUAUAUAGUCAAAAAAUGUUAGAAAAUUAUCCAAGCUUUACAAAUAAUCAUGCAGAUAUUACCAAAGAAAUAAGCACAUAAAAUCUAUCAAAAAAUUAAAUCAAUAUUACCUUAAGCAAACUUCCUUCCCUUUAACACCUAAUGGCUGAAGAAACGUCUAUAUUAAAAAAUAUGGGAUCAUAACAAAAUGGAUUAUAACCUCAACAUAAUAAUUAAAUUCUAAAUUUACAACCUCCUCCGUCGCCUUUACUUAGUAACCAGGUAUCUAUGGUUAAUAUCGAUUAACAGUUAACUAUUGAUGAAUUUAUCAAAUACAAUACUUCUUAAAAGGAUUUAUUUUUUUCCAGCGAAUUUGGUUAAAUACUUAUCGUAGAUGAUAUCCAAUUUAAUCUUUUAAUGCUGUCUAAUUUAUUGAAAAGAUACUAGAUGAAGGUAGAUUUAGCCCAUGAUGGUUAAGAGGCUGUAAAUAAAGUCUAAGAAAAAUAUUAAAAAUAAAAAGAAACAUAUUAAAUUAUUUUUAUGGAUAUACAAAUGCCAAUUAUGGAUGGUUUUUAAGCAACAAAAGAAAUAAGAAAAUUUUUAUAAUAAAAAAAUGCUAGUCAAAUACCAAUUAUAGCUGUCAGUGCUUUCGGAGAUUAAUAAUUUAAAGAAUAAUCUAAAAAAGUUGGAAUGACAGACUACAUCGAAAAACCUGUAUAAACAAUAAAAUUAGACAAAGCUUUUUUAAAACACGUACUGAAGUGA